AUGCAGGAAGAUCAGGAUGUGGUGAUAGUAGGAGCAGGAAUAGCAGGAUUAGCAACUGCUGUAGCCUUGAAGAAAGUGGGGAUCCGAGCUUUGGUGUUAGAAAAAUCACAAGGGUUGCGUGCCACUGGGGCUACCUUAAGUCUUUACCCUAAUGGUUGGGCUUCUCUUGAUGCCCUUGGCAUCUCACACAAACUCAAAAGCUUUUAUUCUCCUUGCACAAGGGCAUACAUAACAGAUACUGAUACAGGAGCAACUCAAGAAAUAUCUUUCACAAAAGCUAAUAGGAGUGGGGCCGAGCUUAGAGUUGUACACCGUAAAGCCUUGCUGGAAGCUCUGGCAGAGGAAUUGCCAAUGGAGACCAUCCGUUUCUCUUCCAAUCUCACCUCCAUUACAACCCAAACCCAAGAAGGCUCAUCGCCGCAUGUUGCUCUCAUUAAAAUGGAAGAUGGAACAACCAUCAAUGCAAAAGCUUUGAUAGGGUGUGACGGGGUAAACUCAAAGGUGGCAGCACAAUGUUUAGGACUCACCGCGCCUGUAAAUUCCGGCCGAUGGGCGGUGCGUGGGUUGGCCAUGUUUCCCCAUGGCCAUGGGUUGAACCAAGACUUCAAACAAUUUGUAAGUGUGGGCAAAAGGGCUGGCUUUGUCUCUCUCAACCAAACAGAGCUCUACUGGUUUCUCACUGCCAAAUUAGCUUCGUGGACAGAUAAAAGCAUAACAAGGGAUCCAAACAAGAUACAAAGAGAAGUGAUUGACAACUUUGCCACAGACUUGCCUCCAUUGUUCACAGAAAUCGUCCAGCAUUCUGAUCUUUCCACCAUAACAUGGGCUCCUCUAAUGUAUAGGCUCCCAUGGCAUGUCAUAUUUGGAAAUUUAUGCAAAGGAAAUAUCACUGUUGCAGGUGAUGCCAUGCACCCUAUGACGCCUGAUUUAGGACAAAAUGAAUGUGCAGCACUGGAAGAAGCUCUUGUUUUAGGCCAACAACUGGGGGGAUUGAUUACUCAAAAAACAGGCCUUGUGCCGGCAGCCGUGGCCAGAGCCUUUGAAAGAUAUGCUAAGAAAAGGAGGUGGCGUGCCGCGGGCUUGAUCACCACCUCCUAUCUGUCAGGGUGGGUGCAACUUGGUGGAUUUGGAUGGCACAUGAAAUUCUUAAGGGAUGUGGUGUUCUAUAAACUUCUUUACAGUAGGGUGUUGGAUGUUAUUAUACAUUAUGAUUGUGGGGAGCUCCCUUGUGUUACCUCAUGUAAUGGGUGUGAAAAGUCAGAUUGA